AUGGCCCUCAGGGCUGAAAUAAAGACAGGACAGGCAAAGAAGACCCUCAAGAAGCCCAUUUACCAGGGACCCGAAGCAGAAGUCCUAGCCCCACCACCACCACCUCCAUACGUUCCAACUACUGUGGUGGCGCCUGCCCCUGCCCCCAACGCUCCACCGCCGCCCCACUACGUGGCUCCAGGAGCCGAAGCAGCAGGAGGGAGGUUAUCAGCCAAAGUAGAAGAACACAUGGCAGAACCCAGUGACGAGACCCUAGAUGAAUUGUACCCCGACCUUAAAGAAUUGAGGGAUCAGGUGGACAAAUAUAAGACAAAUACCACCAUGACAACUAGAAUGAAUACCACGCUGUAUCGAAAAGCUGAAGAAGCUUAUCGUAGGGCCCUAGAAAAAGCAAUAGGACUGUAUAUAAAACAGCACAGGUCCACCGCAGAGACAGGAACAGGAGUCCUGGCCCCCCUUCGUGUAGUGUGGGACAAUCCGCCUCCGGAACCCGUACAGGCGGCACCCGUACAGGCGGCAGGUCAAGGCGCAGGUCAAGGCGGUGCCCAAAACAUCCCGCCGCCGCCUCCGCAGCCUAGGACUUUCACCCUUCAAUACAUACCUUUCUCAACGGUGGAUCUGCUUAAUUGGAAGACCCACACCCCAGCAUUUGCUGAGAAGCCCCAGGCAAUGCUGGACUUGCUAUCCUCUAUAUUUGCAGCGCAUGAACCCAAUUGGUCAGACUGCCAACAAUUACUGAACACUCUUUUCACUUCAGAGGAGAGGAGGAGGAUAAAUACACAGGCUUGGGAAUACCUUAAAGAAAACCAGGUGCCUGAACAAGAGUGGCCUAAUCGGUACCCCUUAACUGACCCUCGGUGGGACCCUAACGAGGCAGGAAUCCGUGCCACCCUAAAUACCUACCGCGAAAUACUCCUACAUGGAGUGCGCAGGGCAGCUAGGAAGCCUACGGACCUGUCUAGAGUGGCAGCCGUCGUGCAACGGGCAGAUGAAAGUCCGGGGGAUUUCUUGGAACGCCUGAUGGAGGCUUAUAGAAUUUGGACCCCCUUUGAUCCCGAAGCCCCUGCCCAUGAGUUAAUGGUGAAUGCCGCCUUCAUAGGACAGUGUGCAAAAGACAUCAGAACAAAGAUCCAAAAACAGCCCGGGUUCCAGGGCAUGUCUAGAUCUCAAAUUAUGGCUAUUGCCCAGAAAGUAUUUGAACAGAGGGGAGAGGUUGAAAAGAAGGAGAAAAAGCAAUGGAUGAAGGAAAAGGCAGCAGUGAUAGCCGCGGCAAUGGCUCAUAACCCAGGGACCCGAGAGGUCCGCCGCAGCCAUUCAGAGACCCGAGGCCGGGGAGGAGGCAGAGGUCAAGUUUUAGGAAGAAACCAGUGUGCAGUCUGUAAGCAGGAAGGUCACUGGAAAGACGAAUGCCCUCAGAAUCGGCCAGGACGGAUGGGAGGAAACCGAGGACGAGAGCGAAGGGGCAGGCUAAUGGAUGGACGAUAUGCGAGAGGGCCGGACCGGACAGACCUUGUAGGUCUGGCAGCCAUGGGAGAAUACCAAGACUACCAAGACUAGGACAGACCGGGUUCCUCCUUUGUAGGCACUCAGCCAGCCUUUUCAGGUUCCCACUCGGAACCCAUGGUCAAGAUCAAACUAGGGAACCGACUUGUAGAUUUUAUGAUCGAUACCGGAGCCCAAUACUCGGUGAUAACCACGCCCCUACAACGGGAAAGCCACAAAACAGUGAGCAUAGUUGGGGCAACUGGCAACCAUUCAAGGAAACCUUUUCUGCAACCCUUGGACUGUCAGAUCGGGGGGCGACACCUGACCCAUCAGUUUCUGUAUAUACCUGAAUGCCCCGUGCCCUUGUUGGGAAGGGAUGUCCUCUCCAAACUACAGGCUCAAAUCACCUUUACUCCUAAAGGACCCGAAUUAAAACUGCCUCCACAGGCGAGCGGCAUAAUGUCAGUCACAGUACCUAGGGAGCAUUCAUGGGGACUCAUAGCAGCUCUAGCCACGGAGCCACCGCCAGCCCCCUGCAACAGCCAGAUACCCAGCAAUCUCAGAGCGCCACCAGGCGUCUGGGCUGAAGACAAUCCUCCGGGAUUAGCCAUCAAUAUACCACCUAUCAUAGUCAAAUUAAAGCCUUUCGCAACGCCAGUGUCCAUAAGACAAUAUCCCUUACCACGCCAAGCGGUGGAAGGCAUACAAAAGCACUUGGACCGCUUGCUCAACUAUGGACUACUCAAACCCUGCCAAUCUGAGUGGAACACCCCUCUACUACCGGUCAAAAAGCCUCAGACCAAUGACUACCGUCCGGCACAGGACCUCAGGGUCGUCAACCAAGCUACAGAGACCCUACACCCCAACGUGCCCAACCCCUAUACCUUGCUGAGUCUCAUUCCACCUGAAGCCACCUUCUUCACCGUCCUAGACCUCAAAGACGCCUUUUUCUGUUGCCGCCUGGCCCCCCAAAGCCAACCCCUUUUCGCCUUCCAGUGGGAGGACCCAGUAACUGGUACGAAGGGGCAGCUUACCUGGACGCGACUUCCCCAAGGCUUUAAGAACUCUCCCACUCUUUUUGGGACAGCUUUAGCAAAAGACUUGGCCAAGUACCCUUCCAUACCUGGCCACAAGGUGGUGCUCCAAUACGUUGAUGACAUCAUACUGGCUGCAGUGGACUAUGAAACCUGUAGGGAGGGCACUGAAGAAUUGCUCCACCUGCUGUGGGAGGCGGGAUACAAAGUUUCCCGGAAGAAAGCUCAAUUAUGUCAAAAAGAAGUGAAGUAUUUAGGUUUUGAUGUGUCACACCAGCAGAGGGCACUGCGACCCGAGCGAAAGGAAGCUAUUUGCUGCAUGAAGGAACCCACCACCAGAAAACAGUUGCGAGGGUUCCUAGGAGCAGCAGGGUUUUGCAGAAUCUGGAUUCCAGGCUUCAGUAUUUUAGCAAAACCCCUCAACGAAAGCACCCGAGGCGGAGAAAGAGACCCUUUUGAGUGGGGACCAGCACAGCAAGAAGCUUUUGAAACCAUUAAACAAUGUCUCAUGGCCGCACCAGCCCUGGGUUUGCCAAACCCCGGGAAAGAGUUUCAACUAUUUGUGCAUGAACAGAAGGGUGUGGCAGCCGGAGUCUUAACCCAGAAGCUAGGAAGCUGGAACCGGCCAGUCGCCUACCUUUCCAAACAAUUAGACCCCACAGCGAAGGGAUGGCCACCCUGUCUGCGAGCGGUGGCGGCCACAGCCACCCUGGUCGAAGAAGCGGGCAAGUUCACAUUUGGCCAGGAGAUGUACGUAAAUGUGCCCCACGCGGUUCUCACCCUCAUGGAAUUAAAAGGCAACUAUUGGCUAACCAAUCCUCGCAUGGCCAAGUACCAAGGACUCCUAUGCGAGAAUCCCAGGAUACAUUUACGAGUUGUCAACACCCUCAACCCAGCUACUCUACUGCCCCUGCCAGACACAGACAGUGUGGAACACCAUGAUUGUCUCCAAGUCAUGGAUGAGGUCUACUCCAGCAGACCGGAUCUGAAGGAUGAGCCACUGAAGAAUCCAGACGUUGUAUAUUACACAGAUGGCAGUAGCUUCAUUUUGGACGGCGUUCGGAAAGCGGGGUAUGCUGUAGUGACCAAUGAGGAAGUGGUGGAAGCGGAACCCUUGUCUCCCGGUACCUCUGCCCAGAAGGCUGAACUGAUUGGACUGACCAGGGCCCUGCAAUUGGCAGCUGGAUGCAAGGCGAAUAUCUACACUGAUUCCAAAUACGCCUUCUUGACCCUGCAUGCGCAUGGAGCCCUCUGGAAGGAGCGCGGCCUGAUUGGGAGCCACGGGAAAGCCCUGAAAUACGGUCCAGAAGUUGAGACGUUACUGGAAGCUGUAUGGGGCCCCGAAGAGAUUGCGGUGAUGCAUUGCAAAGGCCAUGGGAGAGGCCGGGACUUGGUCACUAAAGGCAACCAUAAGGCAGAUAAAGCAGCUCGUGAAGCAGCUCUGAAACCCCCGCCAGUGGUCGCUGCCGCCCUUAUCCCGGAACUCACUCCGGACGAUGUGAAGCCGUGUUAUACCCUUGAUGAACAACAGUGGGCGCGCCAAGAGGGAGCCACGCUCCGAGAAGGAUGGUUUCGCUUACCAGACAACCGUGUCCUCGUGCCCCAGCAUCUAGCCAGUGUAAUUGUCAAGAACUACCACGAGUCCACUCAUUUAGGCAGCCCAGCUGCUAAAGCACACCUUGGGAGAAUAUUCUACAUCCCCAACCUAUCCCAACUAACUGCUGCUAUCUCUCAAAAGUGUGUCUUAUGUGCCAAGAACAACCCAAGGCAAGGUCACCUUCCUCCACCAGGCAUACAACACGUGGGCUACAUCCCCAUGGAAAGCCUUAUAGUGGACUACACUGAACUGCCUCCAGCUAGGGGCCUCAAAUACUUACUUGUGUUUGUCUGUACGCUGACAGGCUGGAUAGAGGCCUAUCCUACCAGAACCGAGAAGGCCCGGGAGGUGACCAAGAAAUUGUUGAAUGAGAUCAUACCCCGAUUUGGCCUCCCCAGAAGUAUUGGUAGUGACAACGGCCCUGCCUUCAUUGAUAAAGUGGUGCAAGAAGUGUGCAAGGCGCUGCAGAUCAACUGGAAGCUACACGCAGCCUACCGACCCCAGAGUUCCGGAAAGACCGAGCGGAUGAACCGCACCCUGAAGACCCACUUGGCCAAGCUGACCCAAGAGACAGGACUCAACUGGAUAGAUGUCCUGCCCAUUGCCUUAUUUCGAAUCCGAAGUGCCCCAACCAAAAGACUGCGUCUGUCACCCUUUGAACUCUUGUAUGGCAGACCGCCCCCCUUCGUCAGAGACAUCCCCGCCAGUUUGGGGCGGGUGGGAGAUCACAUCACCCAGGAACAAGUGCAAUCCCUGUCCCGUGUGUUUGCUUCCCUUUCCAGGUAUUCCCUCGAGCGCACGCCGUGCAGCCUCGCUGAGCCGGUCCACCAGUUCCAACCGGGUGACAGUGUCUACGUGAAGGAGUGGAGGCACGACCCCCUCAUCCCCAAGUGGCGAGGUCCGUACACCGUCCUCCUGUCUACCCCAACUGCGGUGAAAGUAGCCGAGGUGAUCCCCUGGGUGCAUCACACGCGUCUGAAGAAAUCAGAGGGUGUCUGGACGUGCAAAGGACAUCCUGCUGACCCUCUGAAGCUGACUCUCUCAAAAAACCCCUGUGUCUGACGCUACCGGAAAUGCGUUAGGCCACGGGCAUCGAGACCCUGCGACUGAUCACCACCUUGUGUCUGACGCGACCGGAGCGCGUUGGGCCACGGGCAACAGGAUCCGGCGACUUCUCAUCAUAAGGACAUUCACAAAGACUCUCUCUUCUUUCUCUCCUAUUUUCUUUACUGUAUGUUUUAUGGACCUGUACCUUACCGAGCCUUACCGCCCCUACUGGCCAGCUGACCUCUGCUACGAGUGGUUCGUCCUGCCGGUGGUAAGAGAAGGCGUACUAGUUGGUAGCUGGGUGCGUGGGUCGACGGAGGUAGUAGCACUGAAACAUCCCUUUCUUCCCCUGUGGGUCCUGGUCCACGACACCGAACACCGCACGUGGGUACUUCUCAUACGUGAACUUACAGAAACGGUCGAAAUCUAUCGAGUUUCAGACCGUUCUUGUUGUGGGGGGAGGAUAUCCAGCUGGCUAUCGGGAGGUAGAGCCUUAUACCAACCCCACUUGAUAGACGAGGCCCUCCACUUGGUCGGUGUGCUGCAUCGCGAGGCAGAACAACAUACCAACCCCCUUUGGAAUCAACUGCUACAUCAGGAGGUGGAGCGGCAUACCGGCGGGUAUACCAGGCCCUAAUCUUGACCCAGGGGUGCAUGGGAGGGUGUCCGAACCAAAGGCACAUUGAAAUUGCUGGACAAGUACCAAUAAAUCCGGCAGUCCCACCUGUGACUAUUGUGGUGGCUCGGACCUCCCACAAGCCCAGAAUAACACCUGAACUAUUGGGCCUGGUAACUCCACACCUAGUACCCUUGGAUGUGGCAGGGUAUUCCUGUGGCUGCAUAAGGGUGGCCACCCCAGGAUUCCAGCCUCCAUUUGCCCUGAUCAGAGGUCACGGAGGUGACCGCCACCCAGCAGGCCCAGCAGGGAGACAGACAGAGCACAUUUUUCCGGAAGAAUCCAGACACUGGUAUAGACCCUGGAACGCUGACGGCCAGGAGAUAGCGGAGAUCCUGGACAUUGCAUACCUGCAGGCCCAGGCAGGACUCCGCCGGUGGUAUUUGGGCAAUUAGGGGUCAAGAAGCCCUUCUCAUAUGCAAAGGCGACCCUCCCCUUUAGACCCAUAUCAAGAGGACUGGUCGGAGCAACAGUGUUACAAGUGGUUUGCCCGACCAGUUGACCGCCGAGGCUUCCGUCUGCAAGAAGGGACGUUACGGUGUGGCCACCAUAGAUUCAUCCUCCGUGAACACCCCCACGUUCCUUUGUGGCUGCUCUACAGGGCUACAGAGGUUCAGGAGUGGGCUUAUCGACCCUUCCUCCUGAUCCGGGGAAUAGGACCAGCCUUCGAAUUUUACAGAGUCUUUUGCCAUCCCUACAGCACCCGAGGCCUAGCAGUAUAUCUGUCCCAGGCAGACGCUUUCCCCUGUGUUGAGUGGGAACGUCUCGUGUGUAGGCGCUGUGCACGCCACAGUAGGGCCAGAAGUUAGAGGCCCCAUGCCCUGGCCUUGGUGGGCCACCCUCCUUUUUGCUUGCGGGAUUGCCCUUUUUGUAGCAUUUCUGUG